AUGGAUCCAGAAGUUUGUGAAAAAUUGUUGGAAUAUAUUUAUACUGAGAAUGUAACUGGUCUUGAUGAAAUUGCUGAACUUUUAUACGUAGAAGCCGACAAGUAUCAGCUUCCAGAUCUGAAAGAACUUUGUGAAGAUUCAUUUUGUAGAUGCGUAACAAUUAAAAAUGCUGUUAAAUAUCUCGUUCUCAUGGACCGCCAUCUUGAUAGUAAGAAAUUUUUCGACUAUGUUCUAAGAUUCAUCGCUCUUAACUCCGAAAAAAUUGUCGCAACUGCCAAUUUUAAAAAGUUAAAAAAAAACAAAUCCAGGGUUGUUGUUUACUAUAACAACAACGUUUUGCUGUUACCGAAUAAUACUUUGAUAAUUUAA